AUGAUUACUACAGUGCUGAAACAUCAGCCCACCAAAUUCGCAGUCUAUGCGAGACUAGUGGCCCGACGCCAUGCCAGUGCCGUUGCCGCCUCCUCGGUUGCUGCUCCUAUUGCCGCUGCUACUAGUGCGACCACCACCACUAGCACUUUUGAGCUAUGUGACCCCAACCCGGAAUUGGUAGAUGCUCGCUUGGCACCAUCCAAUUUUGUGCCUUCAUUGGCCGUUGUCUAUCGAGACUUUUGCACGGAAGAAGAAGCACAGAGUCUAGUAUCGGAUGUGCAAGUUUGUCUCAAAAGACGACGCUACGAAAUGGGCCACUGGGAUUCUGUCAUUGUCAACUACAAAGAAACCGAGUUGCACGACGAAGAGUCCAUCAUCUCCUCGGAUAUUUCCAAAAACCUGCUGGACCGCGUUCGGUAUCAAUUGCAAGAACGACACUUGUCCCACAAAGACUUUACGUGGCUACCCUGUCAUGUCAUUGAUUUGCACAAGGACGGAGAAUUGAAUGCGCACGUCGACAGUGUCCGAUUUUCGGGAGAUAUCGUUGCUGGAUUGAGUCUGCUAAGUCCCAGUAUUAUGCGACUUGUCCCCGAUGACGAUGGGGAUGUCAAACAUGGAUUGGUCGAACGCAAGAAACACGAAGCCGCCGUGGGUGUCAAUUGGGUGGAUUUGUAUCUGCCGCCACGAUCUCUCUACGUGUUGGCGGAUGCCGGUCGGUAUCAUUACAGUCAUCAAUUGUUGCCAUCCGGGUCGGUCUUUUGCAGCAAUGAAGAAGAGGGACCCAUUACCGUCCAACGGGAUCAUCGGAUAAGUGUCAUUUUUCGUGAUGCCAAGGAUUGA